AUGGCGACGGCAUCGACACCGACGGCCUCGCUGCUCUCGCUGCUGCACCGCUCAUACCCGCAGGCCGUCCCGCUGCAGGCCACGGAGGUCAACCUGCACACCCUCACGCCGCUCAUCUUCCCCACGGUGCUGUACUCUGACGCCGAGCGAGCAGAGAUCGAGUCAUGGCUGUGCGAGGUCAGGAAACUGUCAGACAGCCUGAAGGAGGGCGCAGAUGCUGAGAAACUGGGGCUGGGAGAGCAGCUGAAGAAGCUGAACGCGCAUCUGGCUAUGCGGACUACAAUGCUGGGCGUGAAGCCGUCUGUGCUGGACGUGGCGCUGUAUGCUGCUCUGGCUCCCGUGGUGGAGAAGUGGACUGCUGAGCAGCGGACGGGGGAGGACGGGUACCAUCAUAUUGUGCGGCAUGUGGACUUUGUGCAGAACGCAGAGCUGUUUGGGCUGGAGAUACCGGCCGAGGAGAAGGUUGCUAUUGACCUGGAUAGUGUGAUUGUGGUGCCCAAGGACGACAAGAAGGCUAAGAAGAAGGCUGAGGCUACCGUUGUGGUUGGAAAGGGGAAGCCGGAAGAUGCUGCUACUAAUAAGGGUGAAGCUGGCGCUGCUGGAGGUGAAGCAGCAGGGGAGAAGAAGGCAAAGAAGGAAAAGAAGGAGAAGCAGCCUCGACAGAAGCCCGCUCCCGCGCCGGCAGCACCCAUGUCGCCCUGCGUCAUCGACCUGCGUGUCGGCCAUAUUCUACGAGCCAUCAACCACCCCAACGCAGACUCGCUUUAUGUCUCGACGAUAGCCUGCGGAGACGCUCCCGGUAGCGACAACACGCAGCUCGACGAAGAAACGGGACUGACUGUCCGAACCGUCUGCUCUGGCCUAAACGGUCUGGUUCCCCUGGAGGAGAUGCAGGGCCGCAAAGUGGUGACGGUCUGCAACCUGAAGCCGGUGACGAUGCGAGGAAUCAAGUCUGCGGCCAUGGUGCUGGCAGCUUCACCGCGCAACGACGACUCGCAUGCCGGCCCCGUCGAGCUGGUCAACCCGCCCGAGGGCGCGGAGGCAGGUGAGCGAGUGUACUUUGACGGCUGGGACGAAGCGGAGCCAGAGAAGCAGCUGAACCCGAAGAAGAAGAUGUGGGAGACCUUCCAGCCAGGCUUCACGACGACGGACGGGCUGGAGGUGGUGUUUGAGAGCGCGGCGGUGCCUCAGGUGAGCGAGGCUGCUGGCUCGAAGCCGGCCAUGGGCAGGCUGAUGGUCAAGUCUGGUGGAGUCUGUACCGUCAAGAGCCUUGCUGGAGCUACUGUCAGGUAG